AUGCAGCUGCCUGCGAGGCAACGAUUACUGUCAGCAAAUAGGCUGACAUGCAAGGCAGCAGCAACAGCACCAGCUGUGGCUGUGCCCUCAGAUGCCGGCAGGCUGUCAGCAGAGGACAGGACAGCCCUCGCCCAGGAGUUGGGCUACAGAACCAUUGGGGCUGACCUCCCCAACGAUGUCACACUGACACAAGUGAUCUCAUCGCUGCCAAAGGAGGUGUUUGAGAUCAACCCCUUGAGAGCAUGGGGCGCUGUGGCCACUACUGUUGUGAGCGUGGCGCUCAGUGUCUACCUCAUCUCCAUCUCUCCCUGGUACAUGCUGCCUUUCGCAUGGGCCUUUGCCGGCACAGCUUGGACCGGGCUGUUUGUGGUGGGCCACGACUGCGGCCACCGCAGCUUCAGCAAGAACAAGCUGGUGGAGGACAUUGUGGGCACGCUCAUGUUCAUGCCGCUGAUCUACCCUUUUGAGCCCUGGCGCAUCAAGCACAACCACCACCACGCCCACACCAACAAGCUGGUGGAGGACACGGCGUGGCACCCUGCAGGCAAGGCGGAGCUGGAGAAGUGGGGAACAGUGCAGAAGACGCUGUUCAAGGUGUUCCUGGGAUCGCCCCUCAAGCUGUGGGCCUCCGUCGGCCACUGGUGGCUCUGGCACUUCAACCUCGACCUCUACACCCAGAAGCAGAAGCCCCGGGUGCUGGUGUCUCUGGCGGCCGUUGCAGCUUUCGCAUUCAUUGGAAUCCCCACGAUCGGAUAUUUCACAGGGCUGGCGGGCGUGGCCAAGUACUGGCUCAUGCCCUGGUUGGGCUACCACUUCUGGAUGUCCACCUUCACGGUGGUGCACCACACCGCGCCCCACAUCCCCUUCAAGCCCGCCGGCGAGUGGAACGCCGCCAAGGCCCAGCUCUCCGGCACAGUGCACUGCGACUACCCCCGCUGGGUGGAGUUCCUUUGCCACGACAUCAACGUGCACGUUCCCCACCACGUGAACAGCAAGAUCCCCUGGUACAACCUGCGCGCGGCCACCGACUCCCUCCGCCAGAAUUGGGGCCAGUACAUGACGGAGGCGUCGUGGAACUGGCGGAUGAUGAAGUACAUCUUCACAGAGCUGCACGUUUACGACGAGGAGCAGAACUACGUGCCCUUCGACUACGAGAAGGAGGAGCCCUUCUACUGGAUCCAGCGCAAGGUCCUCCCCAGCACCAUGUAG